GGGCCUUUGAUGUGUGCAUGGAUAGGUGGGUGGAUGGCUUGUAAUACGGCUACUAGGGAAGGAGGCAGGGGACCCCCCAAGGGCACCCUCAGCGUGACCCACUUGGGCUCCCUAUAAUUGCUUCCUUUCUUGGCAGACUACAAAUAGGGGUAUGCUGCCUAUAGGCUCUACAUUUGAGACGCCAACACCAGUGUGAGGAUGGCGAGGCCUCUGGAGCAGGCGGUGGCCGUGAUCGUGUGCACCUUCCAGGAGUACGCGGGGCGCUGUGGGGACAAGCACAAGCUCUGCCAGGCCGAGCUCAAGGAGCUGCUGCAGAAGGAGCUGCCCACCUGGGUCCCGACGGAGCUGCGAGAGUGUGACUACAAUAAGUUCAUGAGUCUUCUGGACACCAACAAGGACUGCGAGGUGGACUUUGUGGAGUACGUGCGCUCCCUCGCCUGCCUCUGCACCUACUGCCAUGAAUACUUCAAGAACUGUUCCCCGGAGCCCCCCUGCUCCCAGUAGCCUCUGCUCCAUCUCUGCCCACACCCUCCUCCCCUCUCUCCUGCACCCUCUCCAUCAGGAGACUCCUAGAUUUGCCCCUGAUAUCGUAGCCCAUUUUGCCCACAGUGGGGGGCACAUGAAGGGACCUGUUCCCAGGAUCAGCGCUGGAGACGUAGAGCAGCCAUCCUCGGCCUCCCUACAGGGGCCCCAGAUGGGCGGAGGUGGGGAUCUGCUUUGAGGCUGCCCAGGCCGGGCAGAGUGUGAGCCUGAAUGAAACCACAACAGGAACAGGCCUGCUGAACUCCUAAUAAAGAACUGGUGUCAUCUGGCUUG